AUGUCGAAAGUGUCUUUUUCGACGUUGGCGUAUUGUAAAAUGGUCGCCCAUGCUGCCAAAUAUCCUCACUGUGAAGUAAACGGAUUACUGGUCGCCGAGAACUCUACUAAGGGCGAUAAGUUGGUUAUAGUGGACACUGUUCCAUUGUUCCAUCAGUGUCUCCAUGUAUCACCGAUGUCAGAGAUCGCCUUGAUGCAAAUCGAUCAAUCUGCCAGUACAUGUGAUAUGUACAUUGCUGGCUAUUAUCUAGCCAAUGAAACGUUGGAUGACUUAAGUUAUGAUAAACCAGCCCAUAAGAUUAUGGAUAAAAUUGUUGAACAUGAGACUGAUGUCUGUAUGGUUGUGAUCAAUAAUCGAUUAAUGGAAUUAAAUCAAAAAGAAAGUGCAUUAUUAGUGCACACCCAAGAUGAUGGAAAAUGGAAACGCCUGAAUAACUCUAACGUACAAAUAGAAAAUGUAACAUUGGCAGCUGCAUCAGCUGUAUUACAACAACAGUUGUAUAAUAAUUUGGUGGAUUUUGACAAUCAUUUGGAUAAUUUGUCUUUAGACUGGCUCAAUACAGAAUUUUCCAACUGUGUAGAAAGAACAUCUGGACAUGACAUGGGAAGAAGGCUGAUGAUUAAUAAAUCAGUUUCUUGA